CCUUCAUACCCACUUCCCUUCCCGGAGGCCAUGUGGCUGGCCCUGAUCCUGCUGGCUCAGCUCCUGCACAGAGAGAUCCCAGUCCCAGCGGGAGCGACGUCCCCAGGUCAGAAUGGGCCGCUAGCCAAGAGUGAAUGGCCCCUGGAGGAAUGCCAGGAUGCGGAGGAGGAGCCGGCCGGCUGCGUCUGUCAUCAGCAGUAUCAGGUCUGCCAGCCCACCCAGCUCUCUGCCGUGGUGAACGGAUCGGUCACCCUGCCCUGCCGCUUCAGCUACGACUCGAGGUGGGAGCCCUCCGCCGCCGCCCAGGUCCGCUGGCGCUUGGGAGGCUUCCAUUCCACCCGCUACCUGUUCAGCUGCUGCUUGGACCAGAGGCACACGGACCCGGAGUUCCAGGGACGGGUCUCUCUGGACAGGGAGGAGGGACAGCGGCACACGGCUUCCAUCCGCAUCACGGCCCUCAGGGAGUCUGACUCCCGGCUUUAUUUCUGUCGCGUCUCCGUGAAGCCCCAAUUUGGUAAAGAAAAGGAAUGGCAAACCAUCACGGGGACCAACCUGACCGUCACAGCACCCCCACAGCCACCAGAGGGAAGGCAUCACACCACGGCCUUCCUCGCAGGGGUGUCGACUGGGGCCAUCCUCCUGGCAGCUGCCAUCGUUCUGGGCCUGGCGAUGCUCCUCCUCGCCCAGAGAAAAGAUCACUGCCAAAAGAGAACCCAAACCAGGAGAGCUGCCAGCAGAGGGCAGGGCGAGAAAGAGCCCGAAUACCAGGAGCUCCACUGCAGAGGAGCCAGAGCCCCCCCUCUGGAGAAGCCCCUGCCCCUGCCUCCCCCCACCGGCCCCCGGGCUCAGGGGGAGCCCCCAGGCCCGGUCUACGCCAGCUUGCUGCUCUCUGAUGCUCCAGACAAGAAGAGGGCGGCGCUGAAAAGGGAGGGCGGCAGAGCGGAGGAAGAGACCACCUACGCAGCCGUCCGGCAGUGAGAAAGCGGCCGCUGUGGGGUGGACUCCUCGGCCCUUGCCCGAUCCCCCUCCCCCGCGAGCUGGAGCGUGUGCGCCACGGCCUCCACAAGAGGACCUGGGCAAGAGGACCUGGCUCAUGCUGGCCCACCUCACAGGGCCGUUGUGGAAAUGGCGAAGAAGGCCCAUGGGGGAAACUGUGCAGGAGUAUGAAGGCCAGGGGGAGUGAAGGCAGGGGAAAACACAACAACACGUGGCGGGCUGCCUGUGUGGUUCUUGAACAGGCCCCCCCCCCCCGGGGCUUGUGGAAAUUAAAAACAAACGAACGGCUGGUUGGUUUCUGAUUUCUGGACAGAGGCCGGCUGCGGGAGCAUGCGCGGACGUGCACUAUGGCCCAUACCCGGAAAAAGAGCCGCGACGACCAGAGGAAGACCUGUGCCAGAAAAAAGACGCUGACGCCGGAUUGAAAAGACCUCCCCACAAAAGAGACCAUAACAACAAAGACUCCGCUAUGGGUGCCUGUUAGGUUAGUCAGUUCCCCCUCAGUUGUAUGUUUGUGGCCCUAUGAA